UCCUUUCAAACAUUAAACUAUUUACGAUGUUAUUGUGAACUUCUAAAACGCGACAAAUUUAAUAUUGUUGCGGCACAGGAUGUGGGUGCCGACUAAGUCUCCUAAAUUAGCAGUCGCUGUUUACAACUGGAAGGGAGAUGUUCGGUCCGGGUUGCCGCUGGAGAUAGGAGAGACUGUGCAGAUACUAGAAGAACACUCAGGAUGGUGUCGCGGCUUCAGUACGAAGGACAGAUCAGCAUGGGGCAUCUUUCCCCUCUGCGUGGUGUCCGUACGGCCCUGCACUGUAAAGGGUUCUGGACCAACAGCAAUAGCAGAGUUGAAAGACGAUCCUCUAGUUCGCGAGAUUGCUGUUGUGCUGAGAGAAUGGGCGCGACUAUGGAAAAAACUUUAUGUGGAACGCGAGACUUACCGGUUCAGUGCCGUGGCGAAGGUCAUGAGAGAGCUGCUCAGCGGCCGACGGGCGUUACUAGCUGGCACUCUAACACAGGACCAGACCAGGGCGUUGCGGCUGAAGCUCGUCGCUAAACUCGACUGGGGCAACCGGAAACUGGGCUUGGAGCUGGUGCCACGGCGGGGAGCAGCGGCGGUGGAACCGGAGGACAUGAGUCUGGUGGAACUGUACAGGGUACACGUAGAAAGUGCCGAGCGCGCCGCGGCGUGGCGUGGGACCCUGCGCCGCGCCGGCGGAUCAGGCAGCAGCUUCAACUCCGGUACCCUCACAAACACCAGUCUCACCAACGGCCCCACCACAGUCCAAAGCCAUCACCUCAUGUGUAGCAUGAGGGACUUCGGCCAUACAGCCGGGGGUGACGAAGCGGAACUCUUACUAUGGCUACACGAUGCGAGAAGAGCACAGCCUUUGUCAGAGAGGUUCAGGGUCAGGAUAGCGAGGGACGGCUUCUCGAACUAUGUGGACAGGCUGCACGCGAAUAGCACCUUAUUUGCAGACCUGUCAACGACUGAUCUCUCCCGCGAGCUAUGGCUGGUCGCGUGGGUGGUGCGCGUCGGGCGCUGGGCGGGCGCGGGCGGCGGCGGGAGCGGCACGGGCGAGCGGCGCGGCCCCGUGGCGCGGCGCCCGCUCGGGGCCGGGGUGCUGCCGCUGACGGACUUCCUCCGCCAACCGGUGCAGGGCUCCACGGAGAAAGAAUACACUUUCAAGGUAUACCAAAGCGAAGAAAAAGACUUUCACCAGUUACACGAUAUGCUGAUUAGGAAGCAGACUAAUAAAUGUAACGUAUUACCUGGACAACCAAACUAUGGCAUAGUAGUGGCAUUACGACUGCUAACCAACGCAGGCAGCAUCAACGAAGCAGUGGCUUCAGGCGCGACGGUGACAGCAAAACGGGGCUUCCCUGACGUCAUCAUGCCAGGAGACGUCCGAAAUGACCUCUAUCUGACUUUAGAAAAGGCCGAGUUUGAAAGGGGAGGGAAGAGUACAGCGAAAAACGUCCUGGCUACGGUCACGGUGCAUGACAACACUGGACAGACUAUUAGUGAUUGCGUAUGGGGCGCGAGCGGUAGUGGUGCGACACUGUACGAGUCACUAGUACUGUACCACAACAACAGCCCCGCGUGGGGCGAGCAACUGCGCCUCACCGUGCCACUGGAGACCUUCACACUAGCACACGUCCGCAUCGAGUUCCGACACUGUUCCACACGCGAUAAGAACGAGCGCAAGCUAUUCGGGUUCUCUUUCGCACGUCUGAUGGAGGCGAGCGGCGCCACCCUACGAGACGGCGCGCACGAGCUCUAUGUUUACAAAUGCGACGAUCCCACCAAACUAGCAACAGCGAGCUACCUAUCGCUCCCUUCGUGUAGUACUGACGCAGCCCGCGCGCCCGCCAACGGCGUCGUGGUGUCUUUCCAAAGAAGCUCCAAAGAAAACUGUACCAUCAGCACGCUCUUAUGCUCUACUAAAUUGACACAGAAUGAGGACCUACUGGCGCUGUUACAAUGGCGUGCUCGGCCAGAGAAGGUACAAGAAACGCUUUUGCGGGUGCUGCGGCUGGGCGACGGACUCAGUUGUGAAGAGCUCAUCAAAUUCCUGAGAGACGUCCUCGACGCGCUUUUCGCACUCUUUUCCACCGAGGACGGGAACAGUACGCCGCACUCAGGAACAGUAUUCUUGGUGCUGGUUUCCAUCUGCAGUCUGUUGGACGAGAGCCGCUUCCAGCAUUUCAAGCCCGUGCUGGAUGUUUACAUCGAGGAGCACUUUUCAGCUGCCUUAGUGUACAAAGGCCUGCUAUCAUCAGUGCAACAUUGCGCCGAAUGGGCGGCCGGCGCCGAAGGCCAGGAACCAAUCAGAAAGUGCCUCCGCUCGCUCGGCGCGGUGUUCCGACUCGCAGUUCGCUCCCGACGCCUGUUCGCGCGCGCCACGGGCGGACAGUAUGAAGACAGCUUUAGGCGGGACGUAAGGGCUGCGCUGCAUGCGCUUAAGGCGCUUGCGCAACAUCCGCAUAGAGACCAUCUAGCGCCUGCGCAGGUGGCCCUAAUGACGUCAUGGGCGAGCGUGGCCAAAGAAGUGGCGUCAGCCCUAGGGCCGGUGGAGGCGGCCCGCGUGACGUCAUCCAUGCUGGACGCGCCCGCCGUCAACUCGCCGCCCGCGCUCGCCAAGGCGCGCCUCGCCGCCGCGCAGGACAUACUCAAGGGGCCGCUGGGGGAGGAUCCCGAGGCCCGCAACAUAGUCCUAACAACAGCAUGCCACCACCUCCGGGUCCACCUCGCGCGGCGCGACGAACUCUCCCAAUGCGCCGAGAUGCUCGGCGAACUAGUCUCCCUGUUAUGGAAGAAGGAAGACCCGGACGAGGCGGUCGGUCCGGACGAACUGGACCCGGACGUGGACGUGCUGUGUCUGAACACGCUGGAUGUACUUGUGGAGACUGUGCUGCAUUUGAUUGGGGGGAAUUCGCCAGUACUGGGAUCAAUGGUAGCCGGUUUGCUCGGCUGCAUGGAGCUGCUAAAACCAGCCCACUACCAGAGGCUGUGGAGCCAUCUCGCACCGCACCCACAGGACAGAAAGCCGCUUAAGGAUUUCCUCAUGCGCGCCUUCUUGGUGUUCCGACACCUUAUUGAACAGGAUGUUUUCCCGGCCGACUGGAUGGUGUUGAGAGUACAAAGCUGCAAAGUACUGCUUUCCGCACUACAAGAUUUGGCCAAGCCUUUAUUGGAGAGGUUCAUGGGCGAUGAGCCUCCGCAGUUUGAUUCUCAACUAUGGUCGGGGUACAUGGAGCUGGGCGUGGCGCUGGUGACGUCGAGCGCGCUGACGCCGGAGCGCUGGGCGGGGCGCGGGCCCGACCGGCCGCGCAUGCGCGCCGCCGCCGGCCUGCAGGUGCUGGCCGUGUGGGGCCGCCUCGGCGCAGCCCAACUCCACCUGGUGCCGGGCGCGGUGGGCGCGCUGCUGGAGAUCACGCUGGUGGGCGAGCUGCGGCGCUGCGCGCUGGGCGCGCUGGUGGCGCUCAUGGCGCAGGAGCGCGAGGCCACGGGCGCCGCGCGCCGCACCGAGGCCGCGCUCGUCGACAAGCUGGACUCGCUCGUCGCCGACAACAAGGCCGACGACCACUACCGCCGGCUGAUCGACUGCGUACUUAUGGAACGCGUGUCAACCGAGGGUUGGCGCGAGGCUGGCGCGGCGUUCGUAGGCUGCGUGACGCGCUUACUGGAGAGGUUGCUCGACUACCGCGCCGUCAUGCAGGGCGCCGAACACCGCGAUAAGAGAAUGGCGGCUACCGUCAACCUACUUAGCUUCUACAAGAACGAGAUCGACCGCAAAGAGAUGUACCUACGCUACGUGUACAAGCUGCACGACCUGCAUAUCGCGUCGGACAACUUUGUAGAAGCCGGAUGCACGCUCUUGUUGUAUGCAGAAACAUUGAGUUGGGAGAGCGAUCAAGUUGGCGUAGAUCCAGAAUACCCCGAGACACCGGAAUGGAAGCGAAAGGAAGCUCUAUACAACCAAGUCUUACAGUACUUCGAUCGCGGAAAGUGCUGGGAAAAAGGUCUACCACUACUGCGAGAACUGGCAACCCUCUACGAACAGAAGCUCUGCGACUACGCACGUCUCGCUCACUGCCUGCGAACGCAUGCUACUUUCCUGGACUCUAUACUGACGCAACUUCGCCCGGAACCCGAGUAUUUCAGGGUCGGGUUCUACGGAAAAGGAUGUCCGCUGUUUGUGAGGAACAAGCAAUUCGUGUAUCGCGGCUACGACUAUGAGCGCAUCGGCGCGUUUACGCAGCGUCUGCAGUCAGAAUACGUCGCUGCGCACAUUAUGAUGCGCAACACACCGCCAGACGACUCUAUCAUCGCUAACGACUCGCAAUACAUCCAGAUCUGCAACGUGAAGCCGGUGGCCGCGCGGCGGCAGUGGGGCCCGGGUGCGCCGGAGCAGGCGCGGCGGUUCUACGCGUGUAAUGACGUCAACACCUUCCUGUGCGACCGCCCGCUGCACAAGCCUCCUAUAGACAAGGAUAACGAGUUCAAAAGUCUCUGGAUUGAAAGAACAACGUUGGUAACCGAAAACACGCUUCCCGGCAUUCUGAGGUGGUCUGAAGUUGUAUCAAGAUCAGUUGAAGAAAUCCCUCCGGUUGAAUUCGCCUGCGAAACCAUGGAGUCAACGGAGCGCGAACUCCGCGGCCUAAUAUCCCAGUACACCGCAGACCCGACGCGCAACAUCAACCCCUUCUCCAUGCGGCUGCAAGGCACCAUCGACGCCAACGUGCAGGGCGGCAUCACCAAAUACGAGCAAGCCUUCCUCACGUCCGAGUUCGCGCGGACCGCGAGUCCGAGGGAUGCGGCCGCGGCCGCCAAGCUCAGGCGGCUUGUGGCCUCGCAGCUGGCUGUUGUAGACGCGGGGUUGACUCUGCAUGGAAGGCUGGCGCCGGAAGAUGUCAAACCUUUGCAUAGGCGACUCGUGGAACGAUUCAAUCAGCUGAGGCAAAACCUUGGGCCUGGCUUGGCCAGAGCUAGGCGACAGAUGUCAGAAAGCAUUGUCAAUACCCCGCUACCUCCAGUGCCGCAGAUGGAUAAACGAUCGCAGAGUAUACAACAGAAUGACAACUUCUAUGAGGAUGGCCAUCUGUAUAACAAACCUAUCUACUCACUAGAGGAUUGCGUCGAACCACGACCGGAGAGCAUAAUGUCAACGAGUUUGCCAUUGAGCGGUGAUAAGAGUGAUGGUGACGACUCCAUGAUCAAGUCCGCGCCGCCCCUGCCUUCGAGGCCCAAGUCCGGAGACCCCAGGAGUCCUACUCGGCCUCCACUCGACAAGUAUCGCGACUCUUUGGACAGCGAUGCGGUGGAGACGCGCCGGCACAGCCGCGCGUCGUGGAGCGAACCCGGCGACGCGCCGCCGCUGCCGCCACGAGUCUCAGGUUCGGCGCGGUCCUGGACGGAGGUGCCUCCGGCCGUGCCGCGGCGCGCGCGCGACGAGCGGGCGGGCGGGGAGCGCGGCGACGACGCGCGCGACUCCGGCGUCAGCGUGGACCACAACUACACCAACGCCGGCGACCACCGCCGACACCACGUUUCAGAUUUCGACUUGACAGUGGAAUCUUUGCGCUACGAGGAAAUAAUCUCAAUGAUGUCAGAGCCUCUGCACGUGGACGAGGGCGAGACCCCGCCUCCCAUCCCGCCUAAGGGGCUCGGCCAUCUCAGCAGCUUCGACUCGGGACACCACGAAAACGGCGAGACCAACUGCUAA